AUGUCAUACUCGUGGUACAACGCAACUGCCAUCGCAAGAAGAACUAGUCGGGCAACUGGAGAAAACAACUCCAGUAUCUUGCACACCAUACUCAUCUCAUUGGGCGCCUUGAUUGUUUUCGGAAUACUGGAUAACAUCACUCUGUUUUGGAGCGCAUUGGGUCUGCAAUCAAGCCCUGUAUACUUCGAGCCUCUAGAAACUCGGGAGUAUAUCAUAAUUGGGGAUGAUCAAGAGGCUGCAGAUGAAACCACACUGCCAUUGAUGACGCCGGCAUCACCUAGAAGAACCACCAGGGGAAGAGUUGCUAAGGAUGCCCAGAAUGAAGACUCUCUAAUGACUCCGACGACUCUGAGACGAAGCAAUAGAGUCAAGGAAAGAGAAGCCAAGAGCGCAUUCCCGACACCUACGCCAACUCCGACAGCACCAAUGAGAAGUGUCAAGGCCAAGGGCAAAGGCAAGACGAACAGCAUCAAAGAGCAGUCCUUUGAUGAUUUUUACGAGCCGCUUCCAACUCCAACUGCACAAAAGAAAGUCAUUAAAGGCAGGGAAAAGCAGAUCGUGCUUGAUGAAUACGAGGCUUUCAUGAAUGAGCCAGAAGAGAAGAAAAGCAAGAAAUCAUCAGAAGAUGCAUUCGAUUAUGAUGAAUAUUCAACCCCAUGGACUGCGACACAGCGAAAGAAUGUCAGCAAGGGGAAGCUCGGGAAGACUCCAAAAGGAAAAGGGCAGAAGGGCAAAGGCUAG